AUGGCUUUUCGAAGUAUAACGCGUUCAUUUGUUCAAUUAGCUCAACGUACAAGAACAUCAACAUUAUCAACAGCAUUGACGCAUCGUAAUUAUUCAGUAAACGCAGAAGUUUACAACAGAUAUAAUACAUUAUUUCAUCAAAAACAGCAAUCAUUUAUGAGAUGUAUGAUAGCACGUUCGAUGAGUAAUACAGUGAAAGCGCAUAAUAAUGCUUAUCAAGAUUUGAAUGCAUUCCUGGAUAAAGAGAUAAAACUAGAGAAACAAGCACAAAAACAUCCAAGUAAAAUGCCAAAAAUUGAAGGAUUUGAGGUGAAAACUGAAGGUCCAGAAGUGACAUUAUUAAAAACGGAGGGUAAUGAGAAAAUAACUGUUAAAUUCAAUGUAACAAACACGGUUAAUGCUGGUAAUGAUGAACAUAGUGAUGGUCAAGAACACGAGAUAUCCGGUAAUGCUGCUCCAGAAGCAGCUGAAUCAACGUCAUCAUCUCAGUUAAAAUCACGCCCAGUAUUUACUGUUGAUGUCAAUCGUGGUAGUCAAACAUUAUCAUUUUUAUGUUCAUACUUGCCCGAUGAAUAUCCUGAUUCAGCGGCAAUUGCUCGCAAUAGAAAUCCUGGUGAACAAAGUGAAGAUGACGAUGAUAUGAAAUUAAUCGCAGAAGAUUUUCAAAUUGAUGAAUUUGCUAUACACGAUGGUGAAUGGACAGAUUCAACGUAUAGUGCUGAUUGUUCAGUGAUUGAUGGUGAAUUGUAUGAUAAAUUAUUGAAUGUUUUGGAAGAAAGAGGCAUUGGUGAAGAAUUUGCUAAUCAAUUAAUGGAUUAUUCAACAGCACACGAACAUAAACAAUACAUUAAUUUGUUAGAAAAAUUACAACAAUUUGUUAAAAAAUAG